AUGCGCCAGCUGAUCUGUGUGCUCUGUGUGCUGGUUUCCUGCAAGGAUGGAGCAGCGAGUGGGGAGCUGAGUCCAGCUGGACGCACUUUGCAUCUCAAUGAGCGGAACUUUUCUGACCAGCUUCGCAUGGAACAAGAUCAGCAUCAGCACCAACAAGUGCUUGGUUCUGUGCCAGGUUCUGCCUUUACCCUGAAGGUGCAGGUCAGUGACAUGGUGAAUUGUCAGUACCUGAGCCAAGCUCUGGUGGAGGUGUAUGUCAACUACACCAGGACCAACACAGCCCUCACCGGGGAAGAUGGUGGUGUCGUGCUUCAUGUUGCUUACCAACUUGGACUACCUAUCACCAUCGUGGCCAGCAGAGAUGGCUAUCUUUGCACACUGCUGCCUUGUAAAACCAGCAGAAUGCCAAUAUUUUCAUCAGUGGCCAUGUCACUACUUGGUCUGACUCAAGGCAACAUCUGGCUUUUUGAGGACUCAGUCUUCAUAACUGCCAAAACAUCUGAUGCUUCAUCCCACCCCACGGUACAGUUUCCUAAGAGGCUUCUGAACUUAGCAGAGGACAGUGACGUCUCCUCUGUCAAGGCCUAUCUCACUUUUCCCAGCCUAUCAACUGAGGAUAACAAAUUUCUCUAUGCUCUGGGCAUUAUGAGCAGUAAAUCAGGAUAUAUGAGCAUUGAGUUGAGCCCUGUGGCUGCUGUCAGUGUGCGGCUCUUCUCCAGAGAGACGGAGCUAAAUGUGAGUGGGCCCAUUCAGAUCACCCUCCGUAUUCCUGACAACUGUGGCCUGCAGACUUCAAACAUUGUUCCAGCGUGGUUCUUUAACCGGACUACUGGCGGCUGGAUGAGAAAGGGACUAGGGAUGGUGGUGCUGGUGGAGGGAAAGCUGAUGUGGACGUUCACAGCUCCGCACCUUGGCUACUGGAUUGCAGCUCCUAUGUCGUCCAGCAGAGGUCUGAUGGGACUUGCCAUCCCCAUUGACUUCAUCUCACACCAUUCAUCUUUCCUCAUGGUUUUCCUUGGAGGAAUGCUUGUUGUCAUCACCAGCCUUCUGGUUGGAGUGUCGUGUUAUAGCAGGCGCUCCCUCUGUGAGACUCAGGAAAAGAUGAUUCACACUUCCAGAGUGCUGGUGCUGAGGAAAGACCAAACCACCUCGAUGAGCGACAGUGAACUCUUUGAGGUAUCUUCAGAGGACUCCGGUCAUUCGCAGGAUGAGUUAAACCAGUCGUUCACAGAAAAGGGGGAUAACCAACACAAUGACUCAGUUAUUUCCAAGCACAGUGACAAUGUAAUAGCCAACCCCAAGGCCACUGGACUUGGAUUGAUCCAGUUUGAGGAAAAUGCUGUGGCCAUUAGGCUGGAAUGUGCUGAGCCAGAGCUUAAUGCAGACGCUAAUGAUCUAACAAGUUCACCCGAAUCUUCCCAGCCGAUGACAGUUCCUCUGUCUCUGAAAGACAGUUUAUUUUUCUACAACCAGCCUGUUGCCAUUUUUCAUCCCCCACAUUUUUCAUUCCACUUGGAAGAGCAACCAGAGCAGUCACAGUGGAGCAAGUCGGCCACCUUGCCCCGUGCAGGUUCUUCAACCAACACUCCCACAGAGCCGAUGAGCAAGGACAGUUUCACCCAGACUCUGCUUAAAGGUCCUUCUGCCCUGCAGGACCAGGUAGUAGAAACUGAGGAGCAGCUUGGGGUUCCAGUGGGAUCUCAGGCUUCAUCGUCCACCAACUCCUCUAGGGGUCACUUUGGCCUCCCAGAGUCAGUGUCCGUCCCAGGUACAUUAAAUAAAAUAGGGAGCAAUAGACACCCCUGCUUGGGCAGUGAGCUUCAGGGAAAUUCGGAACAUGCCUUGGCAGAACUUUCUAAAAUCCCGUCACCUCUGCCUCCACGGGCCUGGUUUGUGUCGCUGGAGGGCAAGCCUGCAGCUGAGAUCCAUCACAAUGUGUCCGAACAGCAGAGGAGACGAAGGCCAGCCGAGAGCCGAGAAACCAGCUUGGAUUCAGGAGUAGACAUGAGCGAACUGAACCAGACAGCUGGGAGGAGGGCAGUGACACUGGAGCGCAAUGCUACCUUUGUCAAGAGCAGUAAGCCUGCCCCUCCCCAGUAAAAACUUUUAAAGCAACCAUGGCAGUGAAGCUCCCAAUACAUCCCAGUGU